AUGGCUAUUUCUUCUAUAUUCAAGGCUAAGAGACCACACAGUCCAGAUAAUAUUGGCAUAUCUAAUUAUAAGAAGCAACGUUUAAUAGAAGAUUUUAGUAAUCUACGAAUAGGUGAUACACCUUCAUCUAAAGUGAAUCUUGCAGAAAACGUUCCAAUUAAUGUCAAGAUCCAUGCUCCAAAUUUUUUAGAUACAGAUUCGAAAUUUGAUAGUGUCCAUGAUUUUUAUUCAAAAAUAUAUGAACAGUUAAUAAAUGAACGUUUGCAAUUAAUUAAAUGGGUUGAUCCAAAGAAACUACUAUAUGAAAAAUGGUUUGAAUGGGUUAAAUCAAGAAUAGCACCUAUAAACUCAGGUUAUAAUGAGGAAGAUGAUGAUAUGAUGAUUGAUGAUGGUUACAACAAUUAUAUGAUGGACUACGAUAAUGAUACUCCGAUGGAUUAA